GUCGUGUUUUUACUUGCCACCAAGUCAGCUAUUGUAUAUAUAUAUAUAUAUAUAAAUAUAUUGAACCGCUGAAACGGUACUUCACUACAUCUCAGCAUUGUCAACAUUUUGCUACUCUAUUACUCAUGGCUACUGUAACAAUUCCGCAAGAGUGGGUAGCAUUGUGUGCCUCCACGGAUUCGGCUGUUAUACAUGAAUGCAUCAACAGCGUUUUCCGUCGACUCUUAGCAAAUCUGCUUCUUGACUUUCAGAAUCCAAAAUACCGACAAGUCAAGAAGACUAAUAAGGCACUCCACCGACUGACAAACUCGUUGCCAAACGGUUUUGUUAGGUACCUCUUUAACACUCUCGGAUUCAUGGAGCACGCCGACACCUUUGAUUUUCAAGGCACGGCGGAGUCGCUCAAACACGCUGAUGAAGUGUUCUCUCAGCUUGAAAACCUUAUGGACAAAGAGGCAAUGGAUGCUGCUAAAUAUGAGCUCAGCCAGCUAAAGGUUUUAGCCGCAAAAAAGGCUGCAAGCCCAUCCAGUGUGCCUGCACCCUCCCCACCUGUCACGGUGAAGUCUAGCAUCGCAAAAGGAAAGGAAUGUGGAAGGGAGGGCGGUCUUAAUUGUCAGCAGGAAGACACUCAAAAAGACAUGGAAGAAGGAAAACUUGUCGAAGAGGCCGUGCGAAAAACGCUGCUUAACACAGGAAGAAUUCGCAACAGCUUUUUUGAGGCAAAGGAUCUCACCAUUCGCACAAUGCGGCACGGCAGAGUCUACGCCUGCACAGAAAAAUGCGACAACGAAUGCAUCGAGGUGCACUGGCACCUCCUUACAGGCAAAAAUAUUUUGUACUCCCACCUCGCUCACCUCUCCGCCGACGGAACAAACCUUUUGCAUCUCGGAGUCGAGCAUGGUUAUCAAUACAACACACUCCCUGGGUCCCAGCACUUUGGUAAAAUGCUCCAUUUCAGCGAAAAACUGACAGAUGAGCACGGAAAGCUCAUCCGCUUAAAACAUGACGACAAGCCUGUAUCAGCCUGCAUCUAUUGUGGACGCUUGUUUUCAGAGCUUCUUCUGUAG